AUUCACGUACUCUUUCAGGAAUUAGGUAAUUUUUAAUUCAUAAACGGUUCGGAGAUCGUAGUUUGGUUAGGGUGAUCUUUCGUCUAAAAUCUUCAGGGAUUCAAGGUAAAAUAUUCGAUUAUUUUGCGACCGUGUUUUUCAGGUUGAGAGCAGGAAGUUUUGCUCGCCGAAUUCUCUAUCUACUAUUCCUGCAUAGGCGUUGGUCGAUGACAGCUCCUCUCCGACUUUAGUUUUCGAACUUGUCAACAAAACUACACGGUCAGAAACGGAGAGGGGAACGACAUUUAUAACAUAACUAGCAAGUAUCGUCCAAUUCGUUUGAAUAUAACAGUAUUUUCCUGUUCUUUCAAGACGUUAAAGCAAGCCCUGAGGUACAGUCAUUUUAACGAAGGUGAGUGAGUCAUGGAUUAUGUUUGCCCCCACGAGACAUGUGUGAUCGAAGCACUGGUGACUUCACUCAUAAACACAAAAUAUCACUCCUUCAGUUAUUCAAGCUAUAGCUUUUGUAUUUAUGCUUCAAACUUAAAAGAAUAUAUCACUUCGAACUCUCUUCUUGUGAAAUUAAGCGCUGAUAGAAUCAUAAAUACAAUUUUAUUUGGUCCAAUGUCAAUAAAAUUGAGGUGAAGUCACCGGUUCUUGAGCGGGCCAGUUUUCAUGACAGGUCUGAUAGUUUUCACGGUGAAAAUUUUGAAUUCUUGUGUUAAAGUUGAAGCAAUCACAAUCUUGAAACCAUAAGGAGUUAUCAAUCCGUCAUUGUUAAUAUCAAGUACGUAUAAUUCCUGCAAGCACAAGGGAACCCUAACUUUAAUUUGUAUAAAGAGAUUAGCAAUUCAGUUCUCUUUACCUUAAAUUCGGAUAAAAUUCAGGGAAUCAAUCAUGAGAUUCAGGGGCUUCCUCAUUCCGGGAAAAUGCUACUUUCUCAAAAUCAAGUAGAGUAAUCGAAUUAAAGCGCUGGAAGGAAUCUGUGAAAUCUUUUGAAGUUGAUUAUGGUUUGGAGUAAACUAAGAUUGAGUUGAUUGUUUACCCAUUAGGAUAAAGGCCAAAUCAUUCUCUGAAGGCUAGGUUCAGUUAUAUAUUUGAAGUUUCCUCAAAACCAAACUUUUACUUAGGGAAAAAAUUUGACUGCAAGGUUAUAGUUCUCAUUGACACCAUUUUUGCUAAACUAUUAACUUUCCGGAAUUGUUUGACCAAAAUGAAUUCGACAUUUGAAGCAGAGGAAUAACUACUGAUUAGCUCUUGUUUCGCGAAACGUUUUAGUUAUGAUCGUAUCAUUAUUCUAUAAUACUUAGAAACUGAGGAAUUUGUGAUUUAAAGAACAUGUAAGAGUACUUGAGGUGCUUUUCUUGAUUGGUGGAACGCAUUGGUUCGCUUUGACAUUGAAAUCGCCAGUGACCUUGAAGCAUCGGCUUUCUAGAGUUUCACAAUGGGGAAAAACAAAUAAUUUAUAUUCUUGGUGUUCAAAUCGCUUCUCAAUACUCAGUUUGCUUAGGUUGUCCAUUAUUUUUACCCAUAGCGGACCGCUGACCAACUAAUAUGACACGAGCAACGCUACUGUUGUGCUUCACGUUAUUUGUGCUGACGCACGGUAUGUACAAACUGUUAUGUUUUGUUCGAUGACAAGUUAUUCAUGCAUGGCUGGUACGGGUCUUUGUUCCUUAACCGUUGAGCUAUAUUAAAACAAUGCUUUACGAUUCAGCGGCGCCCGAGCCGAGCAAACGCGGCUGUUGCGCUCCAGGCCCCGAAUGUGACAAUCCGUGCCUGGAUCAACAGGAUUCAGCCCCUGAUCCUCAGGAACAGGCUCCACCUAUGGCUGGAUACGCUCCCGCUGCUGAUGGCCAACAGUUCAUGCCUGGACCAGAAGAACAACAGCAGUUCAUGCCAGCACCAGACCAACAAGCUCCACAAAUGGAUCAGCCAAUGGAUCAACAGCAAAAUGACUGCUGCCAGCCUGGACCAGCCUGCUUCAACCCCUGCGCCCCACCACCUCCUCCUCCUCCCAGUUUCCUCGCCCCUCCUCCACCCCCACCUGUAGCGGGUGCCUGUUGUCAGCCAGGUCCCACAUGCGACAAUCCUUGUGCAAUCCCCCCACCCAUGCCAGACAUGGGAAUGGCAGGAUGCUGUGACCCGUCCGUCAUGCCAAUGUGCGCAAACCCCUGUCCACCCCAGCAUCCUCCCAGAACUGCCUACGCACCCUACCCAGGUAAGUAGUCCCGAGUCACAUGUUUUUUGAUACACUACCCACCAGUUAGGUUAACUAUAGAUCAUUUUUCAGAGUGCUUUUCUGUCGCUAGCAAUUUUCUAUUAGAUCGAAAGUACGAUCAGACACAACCUUAGGGGAAAACUAGAGAUGGGUAACAAGAAGUCAGCUGACUUUGUUGAUAUACAAACUGUGUGCUUGUUCCUAAUUAAUGGCUUGAAAAUUUUCCAGGUGAAAUUACAAUGAAACUCAAGCAGCCAUGGAAGUCAGAAUUCACCGAUCACGCUUCUGCUGCUUAUCAGAUCUUAGCGGGAAAUCUUGCCACUGCCGUAAGUUAACAAUCAGAGUCAUUAUAAAUUGAAUAUCCAAGGUUAUCUAAGAUUUCAUUGCUUUUUGUCUUAUUUUGAGUCAUGCCGAGUUAGUGAAGAAAACUCCACCACUUCCUAAACCUUAUCGUAACUUGUCCACGCGCGUUUCUCCUGCUUUAGGUGGUUUUCUUUAACUUUAAGUUCAUUGUGGUUCUUGCGGUAUUUCAGUUCCUGUGUACCUUAUUACUCAUUGUAGGUUCAUUCAAUUGCCGUACGCUCUUUUUUAGAAUGAAGAAUGGUAAUGCUACUACAUUGAUUUUCUCACUUCAUAGAAUACAUCCUCUCAUUUUGCCUUAUUAGAAAGCAGUGACAAAGGAGAUGGGCAGAAUUGCGUUUCUCCAUCUUUGAAUAUUUUGCCUUCUCUUAAUAGCUCUUUUACUUGUGUUUGAAUAAGUGAUUCCCUUAAUGGAAAGUUUACCUGAAAUAUUCUACCUUCUUGCAGAUUAAAACAGCUCUACGCAGAGAAGCCUUUGUCAACAAUAUCUAUUUCAGGUAAUUUUGUCUUUUGUGACUCUCCAAAUUUUUAAUGUUUAGCGUAAGGAUUAGCUUCAACGACUUAGUACCAUAGAGACAUUUUCCUUCAAAUAAUCAAUUCAGCCGUUACCAAACCAAGCCCCUUAUGCUUACCAACUAACUUAAAGAAAAUUUUUGGAAAAAGGCAAAUAUAUUUUCCUUACCGAUUACUACCCACUAUAUAUGCUUUUACUCAUACCCGGAUUUUUUUUUUAUUACCUUAAAAGGGAAGGUUACGUGCCUGGAAACCCUUCAACUCAACCAAUCACAGUUGCGCAUUUUAUGGUGGACGGCGGAUCAGAUGAUGCAUCACUUCUUCAACAACAAGUAACUCCUGACGAGUCUCUUGGAGAUGGACUUAAAGUUUACAAGGACUCAUUCAAUGCGUACUAGAAAACUAACACUGACAAAAAGGUGCAGUUAUGCUCUACCCUCGAUAAGACCGCGAAUGACACUUUUUUUACACUUAUACGUUUUAAUUACUUCAACAGUUUCACUUCCUAGAUCUGAAUAUAAAUUCUCUGCACUAUCUUUUACACAAUUCUUAUAAUUUCAGCAAUAAGAUAAAUAAUUGAUUGAUAUUUAUCUUUCUUCCCGUCGCCACUUUGCUUGAAGAUGUCCUGAUAUCGGUUGAAAGAAAUUACUUUUUGGUCAAUCUUAAGAAAUGGUUAAAGUGACUUUGGAGCGUUUUGUAGUGGUUUUCAGAUAUUCAUUUUGCCCUUUUAUUCGUUGAAGUAGAGCGACAAAAGUGAUGUAGCUAAUCACAGCUAAGGAGCUUCUUGUCAACCAUCAAGGAGAAAAAUCGAAAUUGCCAUCUUUAGGCACAGUUUGCUAUGUUUGGUUCACUGUAAUAUUUGUGAAUCCGCUUUCAAGAUAAAGAAGACUAAAAAAGGAAACAAAUCAUUUAUAUUCUGACGAGAUCAAACAAUAUUUAUACGUCUAAAAGGGUUUACUCCAAGACAGUGAAUUCUAGAGAAUAAUGGUCCAGUUAUUAAAGCUAAAAUCCCAUGGCUCCCUAUGAGGAGUUUAUUUAAGAUAUACAACACUAAGAGCUUUGUAACAUAUAUAUGCGCGUUAAUUUAGCCAAACGAGGCUACCUCUGAAAAUACAACUUGAAUGCAAACGCCUUGUAUUUCCUUUCCUACUUCUACUCUGCCUCCCUCCGCGUCAUGCAAAGGAAAUAAAAGACGUUUACGAGCAAGAUAAUACAUUGAGAUGAUUUUACUCUUGAUAGGGAUUUAAUGAGACAAAUGUAAUGGACAGCGCUACUAUAGAACUGCUAGGGUUCCAUGAUGAAUUGAAUUUAUCAUCAAUUUCAUCAACUAUGUGCGAUUGAUGAUUCCACGGCGCUAUUAUGGUAAAGUUUAAGAUUAUCGAAAGAGCUCCAGAGAGAAGCCUAGUUUAACAUAUUUUUGUACUUAAAAGGAAGCAAAAUCAAAUAAAGUUACUCCAUUUUCCGG